AUGGGUUCACUCCCGGACUACUCUCUGCCGCCGCAGGAGAUCACAUUUGAUGGCUUCCUCUUUGACAUGGAUGGCACCAUCAUCGACUCCACAGAAGCCGUAGUUAAGCACUGGGAAACGAUCGGCAAUGAGAUAGGAGUUGCGCCCGAGGUCAUCCUAGAGACUUCUCAUGGACGCCGCAGCAUAGACAUCCUCAAAAUUCUAGCCCCCGAAAAGGCCAAUUGGGAUUACGUGAGAGAGAUGGAAGGCCGACUUCCCAAGUACCACGGCCAUGAAGCUGUCGAGAUCCCGGGCGCCCGCUCCAUGCUCGAGGCUCUCAUCGCCGAUUCUAGCCCCUGGGCGAUCGUCACCUCCGGUACUGUACCCCUCGUAACCGGAUGGCUCCGUGCUCGAGACCUGCCCACACCGCCGUCGGAUCGCCUCGUCACAGCCGAGUCUGUCGAGGUUGGGAAGCCAGACCCCGCAUGCUAUCGCCUUGGCCGCGAGCGUCUCGACCUUCAAAGAGAGGAUGCUGAGGUCCUCGUGCUCGAGGAUAGCCCGGCCGGAAUUCGCGCGGGUAAGGCGGCUGGGUGCAAGGUCCUCGGGCUUGUGACGAGCCAUACGGUCGAGCAGGUCGUCGCCGCCGAGCCAGACUGGGUGGUCCAGGAUCUGUCCUCCGUCAAGGUGCUCCGGACCGAGGGAGGCAGGGUGACGAUUGAGGUUUCGAAUGCCCUCAGACUCUGA